CCCAUAUCAACCGCCCCUCGAGGCUCCUUUCUCUCCCUCACCGUUACUCCUUUUCUGCCCUCUACACUUCAUUCUUAAAAUUAAUUCCUUGAAUUCUUGAUUGGUUUUUCUUUUGCUUUCUUUUCUUUAUACAGCCUCAGCGCUAUGUCUGGUCGUUUCGUCCGUUCCUCCAAAUAUCGACACGUCUUCGGGCGGCCGACGAGAAAGGAACAAUGCUACGAUAAUCUUCGAAUCUCCACGAAUGCCUGGGAUACCAACCUCGUCAAGGCCAACCCACACUAUCUCUCGGUGAACUGGGAAGCUGGUGGAGGUGGUGCUUUCGCUGUGAUUCCUCUCGAAGAACGGGGCAAGUUGCCAGAGAGAAUACCUCUCUUCCGUGGUCACACCGCAGUUGUUUUGGAUACCGACUGGAAUCCUUUCAACGAUAACCUGAUCGCAUCCGGCUCCGAUGACGGCAAGGUCAUGCUCUGGCGCGUGCCAGACAACUUCACACUCCGCCCCGAUGUUGACGCCGAUGACAUUCAAGAUAUUGCGCCUGUAGGCAAGCUGAGUGGUCACCCGAAAAAGGUUGGACACGUGCUCUUCAACCCCGCUGCGGAAAACAUCCUUUCGACGGCCUCUGGUGAUUUCACCGUGAAGGUCUGGGAUAUCGAGGCUGGCGCCCCCAAGCUUACCUUGAAGCUGGGUGAUAUGGUGCAGUCGCAGUCCUGGAGUGCCAAUGGUUCCCUCCUCGUCACCACCUCGCGAGACAAGAAGCUGCGGAUUUGGGAUGUGCGUCAGGAACGCCCCGCACACGAGACCCAGGGCCACUCUGGAGCGAAGAACAGUCGUUCUGUCUGGCUGGGUGAACGCGACCGGAUCGCGACCACUGGUUUCUCCAAGAUGAGUGACCGCCAGCUGGCCUUGUGGGAUAUCCGUGCUCCUCGGGAGCCUAUGGACGGCUUCAAGACUCUAGACUCGAUUUCCGGUGUAUGCAUGCCAUUCUGGGAUGACAGCUCGUCGAUUUUGUACCUGGCCGGAAGAGGUGACGGUAACAUCCGGUACUACGAGCUAGAGAAUGACAAGUUCGAAUACCUCGCCGAAUACAAAUCCGGUGAUCCUCAGCGUGGUAUUGCAUUCAUGCCCAAGCGUGGUGUCAAUGCCCACGAUAACGAAAUCACCCGCGCCUUCAAGACGGUCAACGAUAAUUAUAUUGAGCCUAUUUCCUUCAUCGUCCCUCGCCGAGCCGAAUCAUUCCAGGACGAUAUCUACCCGCCCACCAUCGGUAUGACCCCCGCUAUGGGCCCAUCUGAAUGGUUCGCUGGAAAGGAGGCCAUUCCGCCUAAGAUUUCCAUGGCCAGCCUUUACGAAGGCGAAGGUCUGCAAGAGGUCACUGGCGUGCAAGACAAGCCCACUACGACCGUGGGCGCUCCUGAGCCCAAGCCUGAGGGUCAACCUAAGCCCGCUGAACCAACACCCGUGAAGAAAGCACCUGAACCCGUUCCCGAACCCACACCCGUGGCACGGCCCGCCCCCUCCAUGAAAGAGCAGGGCGCCUCGAUGGCCGCUAUGGUGAACAAGUUCGCUGACAAUGAAGAGGCUGAGAAGGUGGAUGACGACUCCAACUUUGAUGAAGUCCCCAAGCCGACAGAGCGACACACUUCGUCGCCAUCGGUGUCCACCAGCCCAUGGCAUAAGAAGGAAGAGCAAGCCAAGUCAAACCCUUCCCCUAUCAAGACCCCUACGAGUGCCGAUCGCUCACCCCAAGCUUCCACUCCUGUCGCCUCCACCCCUAUUGCCUCUACCCCUAUGGCCUCCGCCCUAUCAGCGGGCGCAGCCGUUGCAGCCGAUGCCGUGCAGCGGGAAAUCGGAGUCAUCAAAGAUCUGAUCUCGGAGCAGACCAAGACGAUCGCAUCGCAGGCACAGCAGAUGCAGAACCUGACCGCGGAGAUCGAGUCCCUCAAGGCCAAGCUGGGCUAGCCGAAUACUUUUUGCACCGCAGGGCAUGGGUCGUGUAAUUUACUUUCUCUUCUUGUCAAUUGCCGCUUUCAAAAGAACAGUCUCUCGUUUGUUUGUAGCCAUUUAGUGUUGUCUGUUAUAUUUGGUUAUGGCUUACAGCAUGGUCGCAAUGUCAAUAACUUUUUUUCUUCUUUUUUCCAGUUUAUUUUAGAAGCGACAGGCGAUGCGUGAUGAUCAGUUGGUGGUUUAGUGAAUGGCUGUAUGCGGGGUGUUGUUUAUAUGUAUACAGCCAUUGAAUAUAGUUGAUAAAUAUACAAAUAACAUGUCUUA